GCAAAUAGUGAUCAUUACAGCCGUGUUUAAAAUCUGUCAAAAUAUUGCAAAAUAUUUUGUAAUUUUUAUAUAGUUUUAUAUACACAUAAAGAAACAAAAUAAAAUGAAAAUGAUUCAUGAAAUUCCAAAGAAAAUAAAUUGUCUAUUAAAUUAAAUGUAGAGGAAAGUAAAUCCUGAGAUUUAUUUUUAUUUCAGUUUAUACUUAUAUUAUCUACAAAAAUAUAUUCGUCGACAAAGUACAUAAUUAAAAUAAACCUUUAAAAAGCAAUGGUUAGAGAAAAGAAGCUAAAAUUUAAUAAGUUUGAAUAAUGAGUAUAAAUUGGUAUAGAUACAGUGUUCAUGUUUAUGUGUGUGUGUAUCAUGAUCAUCAUUUUGUCAACGCUCAGAAGUGGAAAAGACGGAGCUGAACGCAGAAGCGUUUACUGCUGAUCAUGACCAGUUAGGAUCGUUAGACUUAUAUUUAUCGCAAUGUUGACUUCCGAUUAGUGAACAAUUGUAGUUGAGGGAAAACGGUGUUGAAAGUUCGUAUGGCUGGAGGCGUGGAAAUAUGGCUACGGUUUUCGACAGUCCUUUCCUUUCAAACAGGUUACGCCAAAUAGAAGAGCGAUAUGAGGAACCGUCGACCUUCGGUGUAUGCGACUGCACGAGUUACAGUUAUUUAGCAUUGAGUGUGGUCUUGUUCACGGUCGGCACAGCGAUCACAAUUUUGGCUCUCGGUGAUGUUGCCGAAGGACAUGUUUUCUCCAAUUUCGAUCACAUGUGGUUUGUCGGCCCAAUUUUUAUUUGUUCCGGGCUGAUGGUGGCCGUGAAAUGUAUGCUCUACCUCAGAAGGAAGUCUGUGAUACAAAUGAUCUUCCAUCAGAGACAACUAUUCCGACAUUUACAAGAAUUAGCCGGUGCACAAGGGAUGAGUGGAUCCAGUUCAGGCACACCUGGUCCACCUUCGUAUGAUGUAAUAACACAAGGUCAAGGACCCAGUGAUCUUCCACCCCCUUCGUACGCAGAAGCCAUUGCACUAUUGCAGCAAGCCGGAGUUCAUGAUGCGAAACUUGAGAGUUGUGCAACUCUGGGCUGUGCAGAUGAAGUGGGUGAGACCACAAGAAUGAAGCCAUAAAACAGUAAAAGAACAUCGUUUUUCAAAAUUUACUAAUACACAUUUAUCAUUUUAAUGAGACUGUAAUAAGUCAAGUCAGAAAUUAACUCUAAAUAGUCUGCUUAUUUAUGGCUAGAAAGACAAAAAAAGGAAGAGUAUAUAAUAUUUUUAAAUACAUAGUGAAAAAACAAAAACUAGAAUCGUUGAAUUUUGUAAUUAACGAUUAGUUGUCUCAGUACAAAAAAACAAUACGAAAAUAUUGAAAAAAGAAAGAGCGAAUUUUAACAUCUGAACAUCACAUUUUACUUAACGAUUAAGAUAAGUACAAAGACAAAUUUAUAAAUUGAACAAUUUGUUAAGAGUUGCAGUUUAAAAUUCCUUUUUAUUGAUCUUAUUGAUCGAAUAAAAAUAGAAUUACUUAAAAUGGUUUUUCUUAAUCAAAAGAUUGUGCCCAUUGCUUUAAUAGCAUUUUAAAAACUAGUAUCAUUAUUAUUUCAUUCAUUGACCUCCAUAGAUAUAUAUAUAUUAUAAGUACUGAAUCAAUUAUUAAAUGGGAAUAUAUAGAUUUUAUAUUAUUUUAUAUUGUACACGUGAGAGAUGAGAUUAAAAGUGUAAUACCAUUUUUUUUUUUAUUAUAUAUAUUUCUGUUAAAAUGUGCAUUUGCUAACAUUGCACUAUUAUACACAAGCACAAUUCACUUGAAAGCAUAAAGAAACUAAGUAUGCAUAUUUUCGUUUAGCUUAAAAUACAAUAGAAGUUACUUAAAAUCUUAUUAUCGAAAUGUGAAGGACUUUCAAGGUGGUUCACCUGUAACAUUCUUUACCUAAUGUUAAUAACAAUAAUUGACAAGAUUUUUACAGAACGAUUGUUAAAAUAUUAUUUUUCAUGGAAGGUUGUGAAAAACUUGUAUUUUUUAUGUCGCAGAUUUAUAUAUUCGCACCGGAAAAAAAGUCAGGAAACCAAGCCUCUAAACAUUAAAGUAAUUAUGUCAUACCAAAUCGAAGUGGUGCUAAUUGUUAACGAAUGAGAACAAAUUUAUCGACUGUUUAUUUACUGGUGUAUUAUAACGAUUUCAUUCACUUGGAAAAAAAACAGAUGAAAAAACAAAAUUAUUUGAACUAAGUAAAUAUUUGAUUGAAUAAUAAUAAGUAUGUAAGUUACGAAUUUAUCAAGUAUUUUUUUCUUAUUCAAUUUUAUUUGAAAUAGGAAAUUGUCAAUUUUAUCAUUCUGAAUAUAAUUCUUUUGCACCUUUUUAAAUCGUUUUUCAACGAAUUUCAUUUAUUCGUCAGCAUUUCAACUUUAAUCAGAAAUUGUAACUGUAAUCAAACAAAAUGUAUUUUACAACAAUAUCAAUUUCAAAAACAACGCAAAAAAAUGAAUGUUCAAUACUUAUAAAGUACAAUUAAAUUUAUAUUUAUUUUAUUUUUCAUCAUACAGUUAAGAUGUUUAAAAACAUGUUUUUUGCGACGAAUUUUAAAUUAUAAAAAUACAGAUUUUUAAAGUAUUCGAAAAUGUUACAUUGUUCGAUAUUAAAAAAGAAUAAUAUUAUUAUUACCCAAAUGCUUUAUAUUUGGGAUUAAGUGUUAUGACUUAAAAAAAACUCGCAUACUCUACAAAUAAUAAUAAUAAUAAUAAUAAUCUAUUUUUCGUGAUUUUAGGAACUUGAUUGCGUAUUGUACUACGAAUUACCGAAAAAUAUAUAAGUAAUCAUUCUUAGUUAAUUUAAAAUAACCACAUGUGACACGAUUUUGUCGUGGACAAUAAUAAUUUGUAAUUAUUUAAUUACUAUCAUAUUUUAUCAAACACACAAAUAUUAAAAUAUUAUUGUUAAAUAAAUAUGUGAAUAUUAAUAUUUAACAUUUGAAAAUGCAGAAAUUUUUUUACUGUAUUCUAUUAUUUGUUACCUAUUAUAUAAAUUUUGCAAGAUAUUUUCGAUUUUCUGUCUCCAAAGAUUUGAAAUAAUAUCAAACAUCAAGUCAUGUUUUAGCGCUAAACAUCAGUUUUAUUGAAUGUUGAACUACAAAACAGUGUCACAUGUCGUCAUUAUUGUCAAUCGACAAAAAUAAUAUAUAGUUGUUAAGACUGUAUGUAUAUAUAUAAUAUAAUUCCAAAUGCGUGAUGAUAAAAUCGAUUAGAGUUUUCCGAACAUUUUCUCAAACCGAUAGUUUUUUAAGCAAAAAAAAAUUUAAAAAACGUAUUUUUGUAUAAAAUAGUAUACAAUUAAGACUGCUGUUGCCUUAAAUAAGAAAUGCAGGUUUAAGACACAGAUCAUUGAGGGAAGAUAGCAAGACUUGUUUAUGCCUAUACUUCUGAUAAGAGUUCAGACAGUAUUAAAUCAAACAAAAAUUAUGUGUGUUACAUUCAUCGAGAAUCGCACAAACUCUUGUUGAUAAAAAAAAUAAUUUUUUAGCAUUAUUUCAAAUUUUCUUUUAUUGUUAAAUUUUUAAAUCUACUUACCGAUUGCAUGAAUGUACUUCAUUAUUUAAAUUUUUUCUAUUUAUAAUUAAUAAAUAAUUAUAUAAUUAGUUAUUAUAAUUAAUAAUUAGUUUAAUUAGUUAAUUAUAAAUAGAUUGUGACAAUUUAUUUUGAAUUAAACUUCUUAGACGUUAUGCGUUAUACAUUUUAACCAACAGUUCAUUUUGUGCCAUUAUAGAUUAUAAUGAAAAAAAAUUGUCUUUGUAAAAUUUUUGCUUGAAAAAGAAAAGAGAUUACGCUAUUCUCGAAGGAGCUGUAAACCUACAGAUAACGUACAAGUGAAAUAUAAAUGUUAGAUUAUCUAUUUUUUUUUUUUUUUUUUGCUUUUUUUUGUAUCAGACAGUUGUAUUUCUUUGUCUUUCUUUUUUUUUGAAUAAAGUUUAUUCGAUGUUUACCUACUUUGAAAAAAAGUCGAAGUGAUUACAAAUUUACUGUGUAAAUAAUUGUGAUAACACAAUUUUAAAAAGAAUGUCAUUAAAUCUCGCGUUGCGGUGCCAAAAUGUGGUAUAGUUUCUUUUGCAAACUGCAGAGCGAAUCUUUUCGAAAAAUCUAAUUUUUAUGGCUAUUUAAUGUGAUGUUUUUGUAUAUAUAAAUAUAUAUUAUAAUAAAAAUAUGUAUAAUUUAAAAUA